ACAUUUUUUUUUCCUGUUGCCCUCACUGAACCGCAUUGCUAAACUGAGAACUUUACAGUUUACACAUUUGUUCACUUUAAAGUCGUCCUCCGGGUCACAGAAAACGCGUAUGUUCAGAAGAUAGUGGAGAAACUCGUGUAAACAAAAGUGAAGCUCAGUCACGGCUGUUUUCAGGGUUACUUGUCGAGAGGUUAGGUUGUUUGUGACUGGCUAACAUCUCCAGCGCUUAAGUUACUCCCACGUUUUAGGCGGAGCGUUUGCCCUUCUUUUCGAUUUUAAGUGUGUUUUCAGUUUAGUGUUACACAGUCAGAGGUUGAACUCUAUGUGGUGAACAUUCCACCAAGAGCUUUAUUUUCAACGUGAUAACUUAAACGGUUUAAACAAAAGGCGCUAUUUUGUAUAGGGGUCCUAACCAAUAUCCACGUUGCUUCCAUAUGCAACAUGCCUAUUAGGCGUUUUGGGGGUCACAGAUCUUUAGUCUCUCAAACACCGAAAUUGUCGUAUGGUUAUCCCAAAAUGAACGUUUCCAGAAGUGGCUACCGUGUUUUUUCUGCCAAUUCCAGCGUCGCCUGCACCGAGUUGGCCAGGAAGAUAACGGAACGCCUAGGUGUGGAAUUGGGCAAGUCGGUGGUUUAUCAAGAGUCAAAUUCAGAGACCAGGGUUGAUGUGAAAGAGUCUGUUCGUGGACAAGACAUCUUCAUCAUACUGACCAUUCCCAGAGAUGUGAACACUGCAAUCAUGGAACUUCUGGUUAUGGCUUAUGCCUUGAAAACCUCCUGUGCCAAGAACAUCAUUGGCGUCAUUCCCUACUUUCCGUACAGUAAACAGUGUAAGAUGAGGAAGAGAGGAUCCAUUGUCUGCAAGCUGCUUUCAUCUAUGUUGGCUAAAGCUGGACUAACACACAUCAUCACCAUGGACCUCCAUCAAAAAGAAAUCCAGGGCUUCUUCAGUUUCCCCGUCGACAACCUGAGAGCCUCGCCUUUCCUAAUCCAGUACAUCCAAGAAGAGAUUCCAGACUACAGGAAUGCUGUAAUUGUUGCAAAAUCCCCAUCAGCUGCCAAGAGAGCCCAGUCCUACGCUGAGAGGCUGCGGCUCGGACUGGCCGUGCUGCACGGGGAGGCACAUCAUUCAGAGUCAGACAUGACCGAUGGUCGACACUCGCCCCCUUUGAGCCGCACCACUUCAGGACACACUGGCCUGGAGCUGCCGUUGAUGAUGGCAAAGGAGAAGCCACCUAUCACGGUUGUCGGAGACGUGGGAGGGAGGAUUGCCAUCAUUGUUGAUGACAUGAUAGACGAUGUGAGUGAGUUUGUUGCAGCAGCAGAAAUCCUGAAGGAGAGAGGGGCCUAUAAGAUCUACAUCAUGGCUACGCACGGUCUGCUCUCUGCAGAGGCACCGAGAUUAAUCGAGGAGUCAGCAAUAGAUGAGGUGGUGGUGACCAACACUGUUCCUCACGAGGUUCAGAAGCUGCAGUGUCCAAAAAUCAAAACCGUGGACGUCAGCAUGAUCCUCGCCGAGGCCAUUCGCCGCAUCCACAACGGCGAGUCCAUGGCUUACCUGUUCCGCAACAUUGCAGUGGACGACUGAGGCGGCCUCGCUGUUGCCAUCGCUUUCCUGCAAACAGGUGACCGAGCUCACACAGACGGGACCAAGUGUCCAGGCUGUAGUAUUAUCUGCUGAAUAGUUGUACUGUUUUGCUGGUGGAUGAACCUUCUGUAUUGGCUACAGUGUAUGUUACAUAUGAAACAAUAUAAGCUGAACUUCCUCUAAUGUUACAGUGGGGACGUGUACUCAGUGUGUACUCCCACCAUUUAUAAAACAAUGCAACUUGUGUUACUUAUUACAAAUAAAACAGUUACACAGUG